AUGUCUAGGAAGCCUUUCAGCAUCGCAUAUUUGAUCGGUGAUACCGUAACCGAUAAUGACGAUGACACUGAACCUCAUAACAAUCGUGCGGAUAAAACUCGAAUAUCAGGUACCCUGAAACUAUUUCCUGUAAUAUCGAGAACUAUGCCUAACACUGGUCCUAGCAGUGACAAUAGCUUUAAUGCUACUCAGAAUAAUUCCAAUCAUGUUUUGAUUACGAAGAAAGCACCUGUUAUGCUGAAAGAUUAUCAUCCUGCACUGCGCAAUGUAUCCAUGCGUUUGGAAGGUUCCACAUUAUGGAAUAAAUUCCAUGCAUACGGUACCGAAAUGAUUGUGACUAAAACCGGAAGGUAA